AUGCCACGGAAACCUGCGGAAAAGAAAAACAAAAAAGGUGGCCGGAAAAAAUACUUAGACCAAGAAGUCCCUGAAGAUGAAGGUCGCAGAGAUGCCCUUCAGAAAAUUUACGACGCCGCCAGCCGCUGGGACAGAAGAGAAAGAGAUAAGUUGAAGAAACGUAAAGAUGCGGGAGGUGCUGUUGCUGACGGACUUGGAAGUGGGGUGCCCCUUCCAAUCCCUGAUGGGGUCAAGGAUGAGGUCAAGAAGCCAUCGGUUUCCGAAGUUGGGGUUCAAGCUGAUAUCGAUGCCAAAUCUUGCCAUCUUUGUUACAAAAUGGAGGAGGGAUAUUUGAACGAAAUUUACCAGCUGCGUGACUGGGUUGCAAGGCAUUAUUGUUCUUGUGGGUUGGAUGCUGCAAAACAUGUGUUGUACAUCUCAAAAAGGGAGAUGAUGAUGCACCCGGGAUUUCGGAGUGAUUUGGGUAUUUGA